AACAGCCCGGCCUUCAGCAAGAUGGGUAUUGAUAUCGCCAAGCAUCACGUCAAGAAGGGUCAAAGGACGGCGCCCAAGAGCGAGGAUCCCUACCUGCUCUUGCUGGUCAAGCUGUACCGUUUCCUUGCCCGCCGCACCGACUCGGGCUUCAACAAGGUCAUCCUCCACCGCCUUUUCCUCUCCAAGACCAACCGCCCGCCGGUCUCCCUUUCCAAGAUUGUGAAGGAAACCGAGGGUGCCACGGACCUCGACUCGAAGAUAAUCGUUCAAGUCGGCACCGUCACCGACGAUGUUCGUCUCCUGACGGUCCCCGAGUUGACCAUCGCGGCACUGCGGUUCACCGCUGGCGCCAAGGCCCGCAUCCUCGCAGCUGGCGGCGAAGUCCUGACACUCGACCAGCUUGCCGUACGCGCGCCAACAGGCUCGAACACCAUCCUCCUUCGUGGCAAGAGGAACAGCCGCGAAGCUGCCAAGCACUUCGGCAUGGGCCCGCACAAGCACAAGAAGCCUUACACGAUCUCCAAGGGUCGCAAGUUCGAGCGUGCUCGUGGUCGCCGAAAGUCCCGUGGUUUCAAGGUUUAAGCGCCUGGUGUCUCUGGGACACAAAAUGCCGGUACCCGGGAAAGAGUUUCGGCAGCAGACGGUCUUUUCUUGUGGCGCCUCCGAUUCAUGGCAAGUCUGCAUGUAUUCAUGGCACUUUAUGCAUUAUAUGCUUUCGGCUAUUUGCUACUUCAGCAACGAAAAUCGGGUGCGGCUAGACGUGUAUCCAACUUAUCUGAGGGCAAUCAUGUUUCGCAUACUGCC